AGGAGCCAUGUCUGUCGCAGCAUCUCUCCAUGACAACACUAGAAGAUGUGCCAAUUUUGCUCCUGACAUUUGGGGGAAUAUGUUUCUUCAACAUGCUUCAGAAUCUGAGGAUGUUGAUGACAGCGUGGAGCAUAAAGUGCAUAAAGAGAAACUAAAGAUGUUUAUACCUUCCAACCGUCAGAGUCGUUCAGAAAUGCUAAACUUCAUUGACUUGGUCCAACGUUUUGGAGUCUCUUACCACUUCGAACAAGAGAUUGAAGAAGCGUUGGCAAAGAUUCACAGCAUGUAUACCAGCAACAACAACAUCCUUAUCAUGCAUCAGGAUGGAGAUGAUGAUCUUCACUCUCUUGCUUUACUCUUUCGAUUGCUGAGGCAACAUGGAUAUCCCAUUUCAUCUGAUGUAUUUGAGAGAUUCAAGGACGACAAAGGAGAGUUUAAUAUUAAUCAAAAUCUUACCAAGGACGUCGAAGGAAUGUUGGCCUUGUAUGAAGCGGCACAAUUAGAGAUUCAUGGAGAGAAUAUACUUGAUGAAGCUCUUCAUUUCACUUACACUCACCUUAAAUCCCUCACUGAUAACAACCAAUUGAGCCCUAUUCUCAAUGCACAAGUCAGCCACUGCUUAAGUCAGCCUCUGCACAAGAGAUCGCUUAGGCUAGAGGCAAGACAUUACAUGUCUUUCUACCAGCAGCAAGAUCCUUCCCAAAAUCAGAUGAUAAUGUUGCUCAACUUUGCAAAGCUAGAUUUCAAUAUGCUGCAGAAACUGCAUCGAAAAGAGCUUGGCAAUAUCACCAAGUGGUGGAAAGAAUCAGAAUUUACGAGGAAGGUACCCUAUGCUAGAGAUAGGUUGGUGGAGUCCUACUUUUGGGCUUUAUCCCUGUCCUAUGAGCCUCAAUUCAGCAUUGCAAGAAUGUUAGCUGGCAAGCUGGUUGCUAUUAUCGCUGUUCUUGAUGAUACCUAUGAUGUCUAUGGCAAACUUGAAGAACUUGAGCCCUUCACAGAGGCCAUCCACAGAUGGGAUAUAGGUCUCAUUAAAUCUCUUCCAGAGUGCAUGAAAGUGGUGUUUGAGGCAGUUGUAGAAUUGUUCAGUGAAAUGGAGAUGGUGACUACAAAACAAGGGACAUCAACUUUUGUGAUGCCACAUGUUAAACAAGCUAUUAUCAACUCGGCUAAUGCGUACUUGAUGGAAGCAAAAUGGUGCCAUGAACACUGCGUUCCAAGCUAUGAGGAGUACAAGGAUAAUGGAGCUGUUUCUACUACUUGCCCACUUCUGAUAUCUUCAUUUCUCGGCCUUGGAAACCUUGCAACCAAAGAGGUGUUUGAAUGGCUUGCCACACAUCCCAAAAUUAUUGGGACCAUGUCAACGAUUGGCAGACUCCUCGAUGACAUGGCCACUCAUAAGUUGGAGCAGGAGAGAAAGCAUGUUGCUUCAGGAGUUGAGUGUUGCAUGAAACAAUUUGGAGUUUCAGAAGAAGAGGCUCAUAAAAUGCUCAACGAUGACAUCAAGAAUUGCUGGAAGGAUAUUAACGAAGAGUGCCUGAAUAAUCCACACAACGUCCCAAAGUCUGUGCUUGAUUGUGUCGUCAAUUUGGCUCGAGCGGCUGAGGUUUUCUAUGAAAACAAGCAAGACAGAUUCACCAACGGUGAGUCUCUCAAACAUUAUGUUGUCCAACUCCUUCUGGAUCCCAUACCCAUUGAGCCGUGACAAGUCACAGCAACAUUAGUUAUAGUUGAGCAUCCUAAAAUUAUAAAGUUUUAGAAAAAAAUCAUGGUCUUUAGUUGGGAUUAAUUUUUUUUAUUGAAUUUUUUCAAUCUAAUCUUUUAUAUUUCAGCACCCAUCUUUUUACUUUUUCAAUAGUCAUCUUUAGCAUUUCCAGUACUCAAUUUUUCAUUUUUUUAAAUAGUCAUCUAUGAUGUCUCCAAUACUUUUCCAUGAUUUCAGUACUGAAAAAAAAAAAUUAAAGAUAGGUGUUUCGUAGUACUGAAAACAAGAAAUAUGGGCAUUGAAAACAUCUAAGAUGACUAUUGAAAAGUUUAAAAAUCAAGUACAGGAAGUGAUGCUAAAAUAUGAGUGCUGAAAAUAUGAAAGAUGAAUGCUGAAAAUAAAAUUUUGAUUCCAGUUAAGGACUAUGGUUCUAUGUUGAAAUUUUAAAAUUUUAGGAUUCUUAACUAUAAAUAAUAUUAUUAGAGGGUCUUUAAAUGUCAUUCUCCCUACAUUUUAUACUUAAGACCUGUUAUUUUAAUUUUUUCUUGUCAAGUUUGUUGGUGAUAUGGAUUACAUGUCCAAGCCACUUCCUAUGUUUGCAAAGUUUGUGCGUGGUCCUCCUCUGUUCGAGGCAUGAAUAAAAGUGAUCACAUUAUAGUGGGUCUAACUUAUCUUAUCUGGUGUCG